AGUAGAAGCGUGAGAUGGAAAUAGAACACUCUUAUUUCUCGUUAAGCUAUAGUAUUUAUAUUCAUUUUACGCAGUGCCGUUUGACGUGUAAGCGUAAUAAGUAGUUAGACAUUAGACAUGGGCACCUCUGCGUGAUGUAAUACACAGGCAAGAUGAUGAGGGCUGUGGGAAUUCUCUUUAGCUAAAUCGUAGCUCUCACCCAUUGCAUUUUAAAGUUUGCAAGCUGCACGUGCAAAAAAUGGCCACGUUGCAACAGCAGCUACCAGCGAAACACUGAAUUAUUGGCGGUAUUCUGGAGCUGCAGGCUUGCCGGGGUUUCAGGACUGCUCUGUGUAUCUUGAUGGUCCAGAGAGACAGCAUUUUCCCUGCUCUUAGCUCUGGGUGCUAAAGGACUUCAAAAGCCAAGGGGACAUGGCCUUCCUGGGGACAUUGGUGUGGAAGGUGGGCAGGUGUCGAGUGGCCCUGCCGCCCCUCUGCCGUGCUGCGUCUCGCUGCUACAGCAGCUCCCCGGAGCCCACCGCUGAGAAGAGCGUGCCCUACGAGAAGGUCCUGAAGCAGGAGGGGCCGCUCAGCGGGCCCACCAAGCCCCUGCCCAAGUCCGCCGAGUGCGUGGUGAUCGGCGGGGGAAGCCUGGGCUGCCAGACCGUCUACCACCUGGCCAAGAUGGGCAUGACCAACGUGGUGCUCCUGGAGCGGGACCGGCUGACGGCGGGCACUACCUGGCACACCGCGGGUCUGCUGUGGCAGCUGCGGCCCAGCGAUGUGGAGGUGGAGCUGCUGGCCCACACCCGGCAGGUGGUCAGCACCGACCUGGAGCAGGAAACCGGCCUGCACACGGGCUGGAUCCAAAAUGGAGGCCUCUUCAUCGCCUCCAACAAGCAGAGGCUGGAUGAGUACAAACGCCUUAUGUCGCUGGGGAAGGUGUAUGGCAUCGAGUCCCACGUCCUGACACCCGCGGAGACCAAGGACUUGUACCCGCUGAUGAACGUGGACGACCUGUACGGCACACUCUACGUCCCCAAAGACGGCACCAUGGACCCCGCCGGCACGUGUACCACCCUGGCCAGGGCUGCCACUGCCCGCGGCGCCACGGUGAUUGAGAACUGCUCCGUGACUGGGGUCCAGGUGCACACCGAUGACCUGGGAGUGAAGAGAGUGUCGGCGGUGGAGACGGAUCACGGGACCGUUCAAACGCCGUGCGUCGUCAAUUGCGCAGGUGUGUGGGCGGAGAAGCUGGGUAAGAUGGCUGGUGUCAACGUACCUCUGAUAGCCAUGCAUCACGCGUAUGUGGUGACGGAGAGGAUCGAGGGCAUUCAGAACAUGCCCAAUGUCCGGGACCACGAUGCAUCUGUCUACCUUCGUCUCCAAGGAGACGCCCUGUCUGUGGGUGGUUACGAGGCGAAUCCUAUUUUUUGGGAUGAGGUGUCUGAAAAGUUUGCCUUCAGUCUGUUCGACCUGGACUGGGACGUGUUCAUGCAGCACAUCGAGGGGGCCGUCAACCGCGUGCCUGCCCUGGAGCAGACCGGCAUCAAGUCCACCGUGUGCGGGCCAGAAUCCUUCACAGCCGACCAUAAGCCCUUAAUGGGCGAAGCUCCCGAGGUCAGGGGCUACUUCCUGGGCUGCGGCUUCAACAGUGCAGGCAUGAUGCUGGGAGGUGGUUGUGGGAAGGAGCUGGCUCACUGGAUUAUUCACGGCCGGCCGGAGAAGGACAUGUAUGGCUAUGACAUCAGGAGGUUCCAUCACUCUCUCACCAACAACAACCGCUGGAUCCGCGAGCGCAGCCAUGAGUCCUACGCCAAGAACUACUCUGUGGUGUUCCCCUUCGACGAGCCGCUGGCCAGCCGCAACAUGAGGACCGACCCCAUCCACAAGCUGCUGCAGGACCAGGGCUGUGUGUUCCAGGAACGACACGGCUGGGAGAGACCAGGCUGGUUCCACCCAGAAGGCCCCGCUCCAGUCCUGGACUAUGAUUACUAUGGCGCAUAUGGACUCUCAAAAAAUGCAGACUACAAAUACAACGAUCUGCUGGGCAAGGAGUACACCUUUUCAUUUCCUCCACAUCACCAUGUGAUUAAGCAGGAGUGUCUGACCUGCAGGAAUGCAGUGGCUGUAUUUGACAUGUCCUACUUUGGCAAGUUCUACUUGGUUGGGCCGGAUUCCAAGAAGGCAGCAGACUGGCUUUUCUCUGCAGAUGUCAACAAAACUUUGGGCUCUACCGUCUACACCUGCAUGCUGAACAAGAGGGGCGGAGCCGAAAGUGACCUCACAGUCAGCCGCAUCGAGCCUGGCUCCUCCCACUCACCUCUGGCUCCUGAAUUUGAAGGUGAUGGGUAUUACCUGGCGAUAGGCGGAGGUGUGGCACAGCAGAACUGGUGCCACAUCCAGACUGUUCUCCAGAACGAGGGCCUCCGCUGCCAGCUGCUGGACCACUCCGAUGACAUGGGCAUGAUCAGCAUCCAGGGGCCCAAGAGCCGUGACCUGCUGAAGGAGGUGCUGGACACAGACCUGAGUAAUGAGUCUUUCCCUUUCUCCACACACAAGCUGGUGAAGGCUGCAGGACACCAGGUGCGGGCGAUGCGUCUGUCCUUCGUGGGGGAGUUGGGCUGGGAGCUGCACGUCCCCCGGGACUCCUGCGUGCCGGUGUACCAGGCCGUCAUGGCCGCCGGCGCCAAGUACGGCGUCUGCAACGCCGGCUACCGCGCCAUCGACUCCCUCAGCAUCGAGAAAGGGUACAGGCACUGGCACGCGGACCUGCGGCCUGACGACACUCCCCUGGAGGCCGGCCUGGCCUUCACCUGCAAGCUGAAGAGCUCCAUCCCGUUUCUGGGGCGGGAGGCGCUGGAGGCCCAGCGCAAACAGGGGCUGCGUCGACGCCUGGUCUGCUUCACCGUCGCUGAGAAGGUGCCGAUGUUCGGCCUGGAGGCAGUGUUCAGGAACGGCGAGCCCGUGGGUCAUGUGCGCCGGUCAGACUUCGGCUUCGCCAUCGACAAGACCAUCGCCUACGGCUACAUACGAAACCCCGACGGGGGAGUGGUGAGCCCGGACUUUGUGAGGAGCGGGGAGUUCACUCUGGAGCGCAUGGGUGUGGUCUACGAGGCCACGGCCCACCUGAAGUCCCCCUUCGACCCAGAAAACAAGCGAGUGAGGGGCAUCUACUGAGCACCGAAACGGAGGAGCCAACAUCAAGCCCACGUCAUACUUUGCCAAUUCAGGGAGGCUCCAGCAGAACUGUUGUGUGAGACCUGGUUUUAAGUGGACAUCAUUGAGGUCUGGGCAUUGGGUGUGACAAGGUGGGCCAUUUCCCUUUUUUUUUCAAUAGCCAUAGAUCCAGACGACCAACUUGCAAGCUUUGGAUGGUGCAAAUCAUUUCUUCAUUCACAGUACGGCAUAGUCCCAUGGCUAUGCAUCACACAUGCUUUACCAAGGUCCAAAAGUACAGAGAAAAACAAAUGCAUUAACCCAACAAGUUUUUAGAUACUUCCUUUCUUUUUUUUUUUUUUCAUCGUAUCACAUAGUUGUGUAUAAAUACCAAGUGUCUAUGAGAAGCAACAUCGUACUAACACACUGACAUGGCGGCCAUGUUUUAUUUACAGCGGUGAACGUUCUCAGUGGGGAAAUGGUAGGAGAUAUGCACUACAAAGCUUACAAAGGGGAUCAUUUAAAAUGUGCCUUAGAUGGUAUGUGCUGUGUGUAUACAGUAUGUUCUGUCCGUUGCAUCUUUCCUUGGUUUGGGUGCAUUGAUGUGAAAUUACAUGGCUUCCGAUAUGCAAUAAUGCUUAUAAUAUGCAAUGAUGCUUAUCAUGCUGCUUGGUCAUUAUCCAAAAAUGGAAAACAGUGAUGGAUAUUGACCUUUGAACACAAGCUUGUGUUUACCACCUCGAGAUGCAAAAUCAGAAAAUGUCAUUGAUUUUUAGACAUUGUAAAUCAGUGUGUGGAAAUUGAUGUGUGAUAGCUGUCCACUUCUGAGUUGAUUUUGUUGAAUAAGCAGGUGGAGGUGAUGUUGGGUACAUCUCUUUACCUUUUGCCAUGUAUUUUAUAGAUGACAUAAGUUUGGAGACUGCUAGAAUUAUAAUCGUAAUAAUUUACUGAUAAUUAUGUAGCAAUGUCUUUAUCAGUCUAAAACUAAUUUAAGUCUCAAAUUCAAUUUCACAUACUAUUACAAACCUUACUCUUAAGGGAUGUUAUAAGACCUAAAGCUAUUCUCAUUUUUGUGUUUGUUCUGUGAUGUGUCUGUAUCAGGAUUGGUUAAAAUCGCAGCAGUGUUGAUAUGAACCUGUUUGUGUGGUGCAUCUGAGCCAGUAGGCAGAGUUCAGCACUGAUUACUGCAGAAGUGUGCGUUAGUGGUGGAGGGCAGCCACUCUAAAGCUGAUAUGCCACUGUGAGUGUUUUAUCAAAGAGGAAGAUGCACAAAGAAUCACAAUUUCACAGAGGAAUUGCUAAUAUAUAAUUUAUCUGAAGAGUUUCAGCUUGUAGUUCAGACACCUUUAUCCUUUUAUUGUUAAAAUAUUAUCUAAGGCUAGGUGCAAACUUAUGAUGGAUGUUUGUGAAUUAUUUUUGCUAAAUCCGGAAAUAUGUGCAAAUGUCAAUGGGUCACUGGUGCUAUACAUAUGUAUUACAUAUAUAUUACAUAUAUAAGUAUUACAUACUGUAGGUAUUAAAUACAAAUGUACCUUUUGUUUUUGUCAUAUUAGAUCGUACAAACAGUAAUGUGUAAAAGUCUGAGGCAAAUGUAAAAUAACAUUUUAAUAAUUAAAUUAAAAGUGUGUAAAUACAGAAAUAUUUUCUGUAGAGCAGUCAGUUUAAAACUAAAUCAAAUCAACCACCGUUUGCCUUUAAAACUGCAUCAAUUCUCAAAUCGGCAGGUAGGUUGUUCCAAGCACAUUGUUUAGCACUGUUCUUCUGCUCUUGCUUGCUUCUGGAUCUCCAGCUGAUCUCAGAUGGCCUCCAUCAAGUUUUUAUCUGAAAAGUGGUCUGAUAUUUAAUUUAUAAAAACCUCUAGGGUGCCUCAGACUUUUACACAGUACUGUAGAUCACUGAAAAUUUGGAAUGGGGUGAUUGUGUUUAAAAUUAUAUAUUUAUAUGUAGGCAUGUAUGUGUAUGUUAGGCAUAUUUCUUCCACCAAUUAUUCCACCGAUUCCAUGAGCUGUUGCUUUCUUGUGUCCAUUGAAGAAGAAGAUCGAAGUUGAACCUGUGUACUUCACAUGGCAGUGCCAGUCCUUCUGAGUUUGUUGUAUUUGAGUGUUUUAAUAAAUAGCUAGAAACCAUAAUUUACAACAUAUUUUGGAAGCCAGUCAGUUAAAAUUGUUCUUAAAACUACAUUUGGUAUUAUCAAAACCCAAGCAGCUGACUUUAGUGUAAAUCAUUGUUGUAAAGCUUCAAGAAUCUAAUGUGAAUAAAUUAAACUGAAACUGAUUUGCUUCGUAGAAUAUGAUGAGCAUUCAAUACAUGACAAUGCACGCUUACAGUAAUGUGCUUUUCAGUUGCAAAGACACUUUAUAAACAUUGUCCCACUUAAUGUCUUAACUGUUAAUUGUCAGAUGUCAAUUGUCAUGUUACAGCUUGUGGGGAAUAUAAGGAAAUAAAAGAUUGGAUAUCUUUCA